AUGCCCACUUUCUUCACUCUUUCUCCCUAUUCCCCCUCUUGCUCCCCAUCUCACUCUCUCUUCCUCUCACUCUCUCUUCCUCUCUCGCUCUCUUCCUCUCACUCUCUCUUCCUCUCUCGCUCUCUUCCUCUCUCGCUCUCUUCCUCUCUCGCUCUCUUCCUCUCUCGCUCUCUUCCUCUCUCGCUCUCUUCUCUUCUCUCUUCCUCUCUCUCUCUUCUCUCUCUCUCUUCCUCUCUCUCUCUCUCCCUCCCUCUCUCUUCCUCUCCCUCUCGCUCUUUUUCCUCUCUUUUUCCUCCUCUCUCUCUUUUUCCUCUCUCUCUCUUUUUUUUUCCUCUCUCUCUCUCUCCCAUCCCUCUCUCUCUUUUUUCCUCACUCUCUCUCUCCCAUCCCUCUCGCUCUUUUUUUCCUCACUCUCUCUCUCUCCCAUCCCUCUCGCUCUUUUUUUCCUCACUCUCUCUCUCCCAUCCCUCUCGCUCUUUUUUUCCUCACUCUCUCUCUCCCAUCCCUCUCGCUCUUUUUUUCCUCACUCUCUCUCUCCCAUCCCUCUCGCUCUUUUUUUCCUCACUCUCGCGUUUUCUGAAGAGUGAAGAAAGUGAUCUCCCUCUUUCUUCACUCUCCCUUCCAUCAAUUCUGUAUCUGGGUCGCUUGCAAAAAAAUUGA